UGCUUACCUGAGCUCAUUUCCAAGCUUGGAGGGCUCUAUCGGCUAUUAAUAGCACGGCUAGAUCACUGGAAAUAUACCUCUUUGAGUAUUCAGGGUGUACAUAAGAACAUUACCGUAUAACAAGUUGUGAAGAAGCUGCAGUAAUGUACCAAUUAAUGCAUCUCUUCAAGCAUAGAUAUCCUAAUUUUGAUAUACAUGGGAGAUGUCAUAAAACCAAAUUUUGUCAUUUUCAGGAAAUACUCGUACCUUUGUGCCUGGAUCUCCCAAUCAGUUUUUUUUGUCCUAAAAUCUGUACCAAAGACUCUCUAUUUCUUGCUGAAAUUAAACCAGCCAGCUGGGAGUUUACCCCUUACUGCUUAGGAUGGUGGUAGGGUUAACUCCACUCAUUAGAGAAUUCUUUUUAGUGCUAUCCAAUUUUUGAGAUGCUUGUUUUUGUCUGAACGAUUCACUAAGAAUUUAUCACUACAUAAUCAAGCCAAGAUGUCUGAUUAGAUCAGUGAGGAGCUGUUAAAGUUAUUAAUUCAGAAUUUUGUAGCAUUUUUGCUGCUAGUCUUUUAAGUGGGCAAGAAAUCUAAAAAUUUGCUUUAUUCCUAGCCUCUCUGCUUUCUCUCAAAGGUAGUAUUACUAGUAUCCCUGCUAAAAUAUAAACGAGCUGAUAAGGAGUACUUGAAGUUCCAUAGCUGUUAUAUCUCUCAUCAAGUGAAGAGCGAGGAAGUGAUCUUCUUCUUGGUUGUUAAACCCAAAUUGCUCAGCCUAACCCCCAGUUUAGCUUUAUGGAGGAGAUCUUCACUAGAACAUAAAUAUCACCAAGUCUUGAUUGUAAAUCUGAAUAGUUUUUACUUCCAGCUGAAUAUAGCUGAAUAACAUUCCAAUCUGGUUACCUUUA